UUUGACGUGUAAUGGCUGACAGGUCGAAAAAAGAAGCUACUCCACCUCCGUUGCUGCUUAUGCCGGCCGGAGGGGGCCUGACGUUAACGCCGCCUGACCAGCAAAGUCUCUUUAUGCCAGUUGUUCAAUCAGAACCCUCUCUUUUUGGUCCAGAGGAUGACAUUUUGGGUGAAGCUGAUAGUUUUGUGGGUCAGUCUCCACCUCCACCAACAGUUCGACCCAUGACAGCUCCGCCUGUAUCAGGACACAGGGAGGGGCCCCAGACUGCCAACCUGUUUGCUAACACUGGCUCAUCACCCGCUGACCCUUUUACACAGAUAAACCAGGGUUUGCCAGGAAGGCCUAGCCCCGGGGUGACUCCACCAUUCUCACAGGGUUCUGGGACAGGUCCUCUAGCUCCUACAUCACAUGUACCUGCCUCUAGCCACAUGUCUGCAAUGCCGCCCAUGCCAAAUGCUAGUGGUCUGUCCGGCUUGUACAGAAAGCAUGGUUCUAGUCGUUAUGCACCAAUGCCGACCGGAACAUACGCCAAUUCUCAGUCCUCCUUCAUUGCCAACCCGCCUGCUCCUAUCCCAUUCUCACCUGAUUUCAACAGCUCCUCCAGUCAUAGGGCAGACCCAGGCCCCCCCUCAAUCCCUGCUAUCCCAGCCCAGCCCAGUAUGGGGCCACUCCCAGGGAUGGGCUAUGUACCAAAUGCUACAGGUGUAUACGCCCCUGUGUCCCCCCACUGGUGUUUCUGUAAGAAGGUUGAGGGCCGGGAUGUCUGGUACCCCCUGUCAAUGUCCGACAAUCUUACCCUUGAGGAUGCCUUCAAUACAGGUCAAGCCAACCUGGUGGUGCCUAUUGAGGGAGGUCGAUAUGAUGUGAACUUAUCAGAGCGCAAGCGGUACUCUGUCUACUGGGAGGAAGAUCCAAGGCUGGUGCGCCGAUGUAGCUGGUUCUACAAGCGUGAGGGUGACACUAGAUACACCCCAUAUGAAGAGAAUAUGUGCUUGAAGUUGGAGGAAGAGUACAAGACUGCCAUUUCCAGCGGUGUGUGGCACAAGCCUAUCCGACUUGAGAGUGACGAGACGGUUGUUAUGCACAAUGCCAAUGUGAUGGUCCACUAUGUGGCCUCAUCACAACCAGACGAGUGGGGAAAUUUACAGGUGAGCGCCAUUAACACAUCACAGACAGACCAGCCACGACCUCGUGUAGUAAAGCGAGGUGUUGGAGACUUUGACAUUGACAAGGGGGAGUCUCGUCAGGUGGACCAUCUUCUGUUUGUUGUACACGGCAUCGGAACAACUUGUGAUCUACGCUUCCGUAGCAUCAUUGAAUGUGUGGAUGAUUUCCGGUCGACGUCACACUCACUGCUGUCGAGCCACUUCACCCAGGCCGUGGAGAGUAACAGGAUCGGCCGUGUUGAGUUUAUUCCCAUUCAGUGGCAUAUGGCAGUCCAUGGGGACGCGACCAGCAUUGACAAACGCAUAAAACAGAUUACAUUACCCAGUAUUCCUAAGCUGCGACACUUUGUCAAUGACACAGUUACGGACGUACUUUUCUACACCAGCCCGACAUACUGCCAGCGUUUGGUUGAUACAGUAGGGAAUGAGAUCAACCGACUGUACGAGCUGUUUCUCUCACGCAAUCCAGCGUUCCAGGGUGGGGUAUCUGUGGCUGGGCAUAGUCUAGGUUCCUGCAUCUUGUUUGACCUUCUUCAACACCAAGGUGACCAAUCAGAAGCCAUGUUUGAAAGUGUUGAGCAGCCAACCAAUAGGGAGGCAGAUUCUCAAUCUGACACUUCCAAGGAAAUAACUCCGGAGAUUGAAAGUGCCAGCUCCAGUGUAGAUGAACCAUGUGAUGAGACCGUUACCCUGGCUGACCUUCUUGUCAAGGUCGGGUUACAGGAGAAAGUAGAGCUGUUUGAACAAGAGCAGAUUGACCUGGAGUCCCUGAGCAUGUGUAGUGAAUCUGACUUGAAGGAGCUCGGCCUGGGGAUGGGGCCAAGGAAGAAGCUGCUGGGGCUAGUUAGAGAGGAGGCAAACAAAAAGGACAAGAGUAGACAGCAGCAGGUACAAAGGGAAGCCCAGGAGGCAGCCAGGGUUGCACUGCAGCAACAACAGCAGCUGCUUCAGCAGCAACAACAGGAGCAAAGACCUGCAACAGGCAGUUCCUCCAGCAUGUCGGUGGAUUAUAUUGUGGGUGAGGGCGGGACUGGGCAGCCCCACAUCAAGUACCCCCAGCUCAAGUUCAGCCCCGUAUCUUGCUUUGCAAUUGGAUCCCCAAUGGGCCUCAUACUGUCUGCACGUGGAGUGGAGACCAUCGGAGAGGACUUCAGGCUUCCUACCUGUCAGAAAUACUUCAACGUGUUCCACCCCUUUGAUCCUGUUGCUUACAGAUUAGAACCUUUGAUUAACCCAUCAGUGGUGAAUGUUAAACCGGUUUUGAUGCCUCACCACAAAGGCAGGAAAAGGCUUCAUUUAGAAUUAAAAGAAAGCCUGGCCAGGAUGGGAACAGACAUAAAGCAGAAGAUCAUAGACUCUCUGAAGACGACAUGGACGUCGAUCAACAAUUUUGCACGGGCCCACCAGUCUGAUGAGAGCUUAGAAAGCCAUGUUGAUGCCGAGAUGUCCCAGAUGGCCCAACAGCUUGAUGAUGAUAAUGUUUCAAUUGUGUCCGGUGCAGAGGAGGAGGUGUAUAUAGGUCAACUGAACGAGGGUCGUCGUGUUGACUACGUACUUCAGGAACGUCCAAUAGAGAGCUUCAACGACUACAUGUUCUCACUCACUAGUCAUGGAUGCUACUGGACCUCUGAGGACACUGUAUUAUUGGUGCUAAGGGAAAUAUAUUCCUUGUUUGGAAUUUCGCCCAUUAUACCUGGAGCAGAACACUCACAAAAAAGUGUGGUUGGGCCUCCCCCUAAAGGCCCACCACCAAUGGGAACCUCAUACGGCGCCCCCGCUUCCCGCUCACAACCUCAAGUGGGGCCUCCAUUCACAACAGGGCAUGGACCCCCACAGGGGCCUCGUUAUGGAUCAAAUAUGGAAGUGACAAACAAUGUUAGGCCAUCGGUACCCAUGCAUGGGUCUUCCCACAUGUACAACCCUGGUUCAGGGCCCAUGUCAGGGCCUCCUCAGGUGAAUUUGAACUCAAACGUACCUCCCCCUUCAGGGCCUCCGCCCUUUAGUGUUGGCCAAUCACGAAGUGCGCCCCCAGCCAUGGCUGGCCCUCCACCAAUGGCAGGAUUUAUGAAAAAAACUUAAAUUAGAGCUCCAAACUUUCAUGGAAUAAUUUUUUUAUAUUUAAAAUCAUAAAAUUUUAAUCUUGACAACACUCAAUAGUUGGUUACAUUUUCUGUAUCAUAUAGCACUUGAAAAUCUGGAUUUGACAAAGUAUUAUCAAAAAGUGAAUUAUUUAAAUACUUAUUGUUACUUUAACUCUUUUUUUUUUUUAAUCUUGAGUAUCAAACUUACAGAGUGGAGUGUUUCCAUGAUGCAACUUUGCUUUACUUUCUGUGUCGAAGGUUGUAUAUUUCCAUUAAAUGAUUGGUAUUAUAUGCAUAGGAAUACAACCAACCAUUUCUCAUUAAGGCAAAAUCUGUUAUACAUUCGUUGCUGAUCAAUUAUCAUGUGACUUGUAAAGUUGUUGGUGAUUGGAAAAUGUGUUAUUUAUAUUUUUAAAAUGAUCUGUAUAUAUGGUAUUUAUUUUAUGUAUGCUUGUUAAAAUGACAGUUGACUAUAUUUUUAACUGAACCACUGUUUUUUUGUGAGUAUAAGUAAGUUUCAACAAAGUUUAUGUCCGAUGUGUAAAGUUUUUUUGCAGACUGGCAGGAUUUAAACUUGUUAUUCAUAGUUUAUUAAAAUAAGUACAUUGUAGGAUACUGUUACCGUCUUUUCCCAAUAUAUGUAAAAUUCGAAUUAAAACAUGCAUGAUGUAGAUAUUUAUCUUAUUUACAAUUUAAAACUGGUUAAUUCAGGGUUUAAUAAGAAAAAAUCAUGAUCUAAAACUGAAUUUAUUUCUAACAUUAAAGAUUUAUCUUUGAGUAUGAUUCUUCAUUUCAAGCAAUAUUUUCUAGAUACUCAACAUUUCCAAGACAUAGAUAUUAUUUGUUUCAAAAGAAAAUCCGAACAUUUUUGACACUUUAAAAUGUUGAUUUUGAUGGUGCAAUAAAUUUGUGACAAACCUAA